CCGGGAAACAGCCAGAGAGACUCGGUCCGAGAUUCACUGAUUCACCGGGCCCCCGGAUAGAGAGAGCGGUUUAACAGUCAGGCUCUGCGGACUGUGAGUGACAGCUGGGCCCCCAGGGUGUCCGAUGUCAUGUCUGCAUCUCGAAAUCUUCAACUCUGGUGCUCCCAGCAAUGCCAGGGGUACCCUGGGGUACAGGUGUCUGACCUCAGCUCCUCGUUUCGUGACGGAUUGGCUUUUUGUGCCCUCAUUCAUCGCCACCGACCAGACCUUAUAAACUUUGAAUCCCUCUCCAAAGAAAAUGUCUUUGAGAACAACCGCCUGGCCUUUGAAGUGGCAGAGCGUGAGUUGGGUAUCCCGGCUCUGCUCGAUCCAGAAGACAUGGUGUCCAUGCAAGUUCCAGAUCGUCUCAGUAUUAUGACCUAUGUAUCUCAGUAUUAUAACCAUUUCCGUAAUUCUAACCCAGGAACUCCUCAACUCAGGCAGACCUCUACUUCUGAGCCAUCUCUCAAAACGCUCACUGAAGAUGCCUCAACACAGGAUGCUGUUGAUAUCACCAACUCACCCUCUCGGAUCUCCCUGAGCAGCACUUGCACCCUAUGCCGUCAGCAUGUGCAUCUGGUCCAGAGAUACUUAGCAGAUGGUAAACUCUACCAUCGUCAGUGCUUCAGGUGUAAAGAAUGCUCCAGUACCCUCCUUCCUGGUUCGUAUCGUCCUGGCCCAGAGACGGGCACCUUUGUGUGCACACACCAUCAUCGAGCACGCCUUGGCACUAGCAGUCCUGAAUCUGGACAGGAUAACGCUGCACAAAAAACAGCAGCAAAUCCUCCUCCCAAGCCUCGCACUCCCCCAAAGCCUCCACUUCCUAACAAACCUCAGAUAGAUACAGACCAUGAAACAACGCCAGACUUACGACCAGUGCCAGCACCAAGAAGAACAAGUGACGUCAUUCCUCAGCCAUUACCUCGCUCACGUACCCCUGCAGAGCGAAGUCCAGCAAGACCGACAUCUCUUAUGAAUGGUAGUCCUCAGACACAAACAACCACUCCACCAGUUCCUAAACCACGAGGCAGGCCAAGGUCCCAUGAUAGGGAGGAAGAAGGGAAGAGGCAGAAAGACCCUCCUUGGAUUGCUCUGGUACCUCCUACAGAGCCCAGGAGGAGGGCUGCUCCCCCUCCACCAUCCUUGGCACAAAAGCCUGAUGUUGGAGACAAGUCCACAGAGGAAGCAGGAGAAAAAAGCCCAUCCUCAAAACCCACUGCCUAUAAUCCAUUUGAAGAGGAGGAAGAGGAGGAAAAUGGGAUCAAUGAAGAUUCACUGAAACCGAACCACCCAUGGUAUGGAAUCACUCCUACGAGCAGUCCCAAAACUCACAAACGGCCAGCACCUAAAGCUCCUAAUGCUUCCCCUCUAGCACGACACUCUGGCCUUCUGACUUCUCGUCUAUCUCAUUCAGAGCCUCCAUCAGGCAGUCCAUCUCCAGCUCUUAGCACAGAGAGCCUUCCCACUGAGUCAUCAAAUGGAAACCAUGAACUUGAAACUGUGCCAAAAAGCUCCUCAGAACCAACCAUCCACUCACCCACAAAAUCUGGACCACCAGAUGUGGAGAGUCCACCUUGCCUUAACGUGCCUACUGACAGCCCCGCUCCCAAUGAUCUGUCCACCAACACCAGCCUCUCUUCAUCAAGUGACCUAGUGAAUACAAACGAGGUAGUGGCCAGCCCAUCUCCAGAGAAAAUAAACUCAUCCAAUGAGAGCCUAAGAGCUAGCCCCAGUCGACCAGCCCCCCAACCCCCUAAUGUAUCCAGCCAUGAUCCUGACCCAAUAGAAGGUACAACUCUUUCUCCAGAAGCCAAACAUCCAGCAAAAUCAAUGUGCAAAGAGAAUCCAUUCAACAGAAAACCAUCGCCCAUCACCUCUCCCACCAGAACCAGUAGUCAGAAAGGCCCCAAACCAGCGCGUCCACCCGCACCAGGACAUGGUUUUCCUCUCAUCAAGCGUAAGGUUCAGGCUGAUGACUACAUCCCAGAAGAUGAGAUUCAGAUGGAGAUGGAACAAAUAGAAUUGCGACUGGAUGAACUGGAGCGGCGAGGUGUUGUGCUGGAACAAAGGCUCCGCAAACUGCAGAAUGAGAGCGAAGAAGACAGUUUACUGGUCGAUUGGUUCAAGUUAAUUCAGGAGAAACAUACUUUAGUGCGUAGAGAAUCAGAGCUUGUAUACACGUCCAAGCAGCAGAGUCUUGAACAGCGGCAGGCCGAUGUAGAAUAUGAACUGCGUUGCCUUCUAAACAAGCCAGAAAAGGAUUGGAUAGACGAGGACAAGGAGCGGGAGCAAGUGCUGAUGCAGGAGCUUGUGACGCUUAUUGAGCAGAGAAACGCUAUUGUCAAGUGCUUGGAUGAAGACAGACAGAGGGAGGAGGAGGAAGAUAAAUUGUUGGAAGCCAUGAUCCAGAAGAAAGAUUUCCAUGCAGAUACUCACAAAAAAAGAAAAGGAAAAUUCAAACCUAUGAAAGUUCUCAAGCUCCUCUCUCCAAAACAAGACUCCAAAACAAAAAGCCCAAAGUUUAAAACCAGAGAACCGUUGGAGGAAGCCAAAAGGUAGAUGAGGCCACCAGCGGAAGAUAGGAUGGACAGAUGGCCAUAUUUGCACCAUUCCUGGCUUCUUUCUGUUCUAUGACAGACUGUGAUGCUUUUCUGCUGCAUUACAAAGCAGGCUUCUUAUAUGCCAUAAGGUUGAUUACCAGCUUAACACAUUAACCCGUCUGUCAGAGAGUUUGCUUUAGUAGACACUGUAGUAAAGGACCGAGGCUGUAAGGAGUCGAUGUGAAAUAACAAGGGCCGUAUUUGCAUCCUCCCUGUGGGAGUAGCCAUGUCAGUUGCUUAUUAGCCAUAUUUUGUGCCGUACAACUUCCUACAUCACUCACCCAUUUUGAUGAGCAGGGCUGAAAGUACACACCUGGCCUUGGUAAUAGGGUUUUAUGUGGCUUGUUUUGAGGUUUUGUGUUGUCCAUUUUCACAUUUUAAUUAGUCAACACAAAAGCCAAUUAACACUUCCUGUUACACUGUAUCUAUUUCUGCUUUUUUUUUUCUUUUUAUUUGUUACAUUUUUUAAAUAUAUAUUUAUUUCUGUAGCUUAACUGUUUAUAUGCCACUGAACAAAACAUUUGGGGAGAUAACAGCACAAAAACUAUAGAGUGAAAAAAUACACAUGGACUAUUUAUUAAAUGUUACAAAGAUGCUCUAUAGGAAAAAAAAGUGGAGCUUUUGCCAACCAACUUUUUCCUCUUUGUAAAUCUACCCCACUUGCAAAGUCAGAGACCUAUUUCAGUAAUGAUAUUUUAAUGUCUCUAAUCUAUAAUGGGACCAUACACCGCAUUCAUUGAAUGAAUCCUAGUUUAUUUACACACUUACUGCUAGUUUUACAAUGAGUAAUGAAUUGUAAUGGCUUGUUUUAUUGGUCAUGAGACACUGCAAGAUUUUCACAUCAAUAUUAGGAAUUUAUUUAAAAAAAAAAACAUGGAAAAAGAGAAAAUAAUUUUAUUCAGCUGUAGUUUAAAAGCUGUGUGAGUAUGGAAUUGAGACAAAAUAUUCACAUUAAAAUGUAACUUUUAUUUCGUAAAUACAUUAAAAUAUUAAUGGUGAGCAAGAUCUCUUUAAAAAAAAAUGUAGAAAACAAAUCAAGUAGGCAAUUAUUGCACAGAGUCACUUUAUAGGUAUAUAUAACUUGUAUAUUUUCUAAACGUAACCCAUACACAAUACCUGGUAAAGUAAAUGUCUAUUGACUUGCUGCUAAGGUUUACAUUUAAACCAGUUAAUAAUAAAUAUCCAGUUCAAUUACUAUUUUAAUUGCUUCUCACUGUACCUUUAAGGGCCUUGUAGUGCACAUUUUAUUAUUUCCUUUGGGGGUUAUUUACUAAAUAAAAGUCACAUUUUAAGUUCCCUUAUUUGUCCCAGCAAUUUCUGCACUGUCUGUAAUUUAUUAGAAAGGAAUUUCCAACCACCUAUGUUAUAUUUCCAUUUUAUAGCAAGAUCAAAAGGAACAGUUGGUCAAAGUCACCUCAAUCAGUUGGUUUGCAACCCCAGGACGUGGGGCACGAAUGCAAAGCUUGCCAAGUGACUGGUAAAGAACUUAAUAAAUGCUGUUCAUUAUUGAUAUGUGGCAAGUGGUCCUCUGACCCUUGCUGUUUAGAAGUUAUAUUAGUGCCCAAAACUGAGAGGGGAGAAUUAGAUUUGUGCCAGUCCCCCCAUAUGUUAUCAGUUUAUAAAUUAGGAGUACGCUACCUUUCUGUCUAAAAUUGGAUACUGUGCUAGUAGUACAGUGAGAUGAACUGAGGUCACUGAUAAAGGGUAAUAUUCUAUCUGAGAUGAAGAAGGGGAAAUAAG